AGCCCACAGGGCCCCCGAUGGAGUCAGUGCAAUCAGCUGCGCGUCGUUUCUCGCUACGAUAAACAAGUAAUGAACGGCGAGAACCACACAUUGAACAAUGGAGGGGAUGCUUUACAAGUGGACCAAUUAUAUAAGUGGUUGGCAGCCUCGCUGGUUUGUGCUCGAAGGAGGAACUUUGUCCUACUAUGACUCCCAGGAGGAUGCAUGGAAAGGAUGUAAGGGCAGCAUCAAAAUCUCAGUCUGUGAGAUCCAAGUCCAUUCCUCUGACUCUACCCGAGUGGACCUGACCAUACCGGGAGAGCAGUACUUUUACCUCAGAGCCAUCAAUGCAGCAGAGAGGCAGAAAUGGCUGGUGGCGUUGGGAACAGCCAAAGCCUGCCUUACAGACAACCGAACAAAGAGAGAAAAGGAGCUUCAGGAGAACUCGGAGGCAUUGAAAACCAAGAUGUCAGAACUCAGAUUGUACUGUGACCUCCUUCUCCAACAAGUAAACAAGAUCAAAGACAAUGAUGAGCUCGGAGACUCGGAGGAGACGGGCAUAGACACUGGAAACAUGGUAAAGUCUACAUGCACCACUUUCCUUAAGACUCUAGAGGAAUGCAUGCAGAUAGCAAAUCGCACUUUUAGUUCAGAUGCGCCAUUACAGAGUCCCCCAGGAUCUCCUCCAGUAGCAGCCAUCAAACCCCAGAAGGUUAAACCUGUCAACCAUUUAAAUCAGAACCAUGGAGAAAAAUGGAUAGAUUUGGGUGAAACCUCAGGAGAAGCAAUUGCACAUGACAACCAGAGCCUUGACUCUGUAGCAGAGGGACCAGAUGAACCAGGUCGACCAGAGCAUCCAGAACACAAUCUUCCCUCAUCAGAUAUUGAUGAAAGCAACAACAGCUCAGUUCACGAGGAGCAAGUCGAUCCUACUGCACACACUAUCCAGAAUACCUCUGAGAUCGAACACUACGAGGAGCCUCCGGAGGGAGAGGAGGAACUGGAAGCCGAUGAUCAACAGGAGACCAAACCGGAGCAGAACCACAAAGUGGACCAAAGUCAAGAGCACGACAACAACAACACGGAAGAUACCGCCGUCCAGGAGCAGGAGCAACAAGAGGCCGUCGCGGAGCCAGAGGAGCCUCAAAAGGAGGAUGAGCCUCAAAAGGAGGAGGAGCCUUCCAGAGAUUCACCAGAGCCUGAAGACACAGAGCAGGUGGAAACUUUCUUCAGCACAAUGAGUCACAGAUUUAGUGAUAUAAGACUGGACGACGACAAUGGUAUCCCUACACAAGAGUUUUUGGAGUCAUGCUAUGCAAUAGUGCCUGUAUUAGACAAACUGGGGUCCACAGUCUUUGCACCAGUUAAAAUGGAUUUUGUUGGAAAUAUCAAGAAAAUAAACCAGAAGUGGAUGUCGGACCCUGACAGCUUCCCCACCCUACAGUCCAUCGUGCUGCAUGAAAUCCAGACGGAUGUGUCCCAGGUGCGGAACUCGGCCACCGAGGCUCUGCUGUGGCUCCGACGAGGCCUGAAGUUCCUCAAAGAGUUCCUGUCGGAGGUCAAUUCAGGAGAACGAGACAUCCACGGAGCGCUAAAUAACGCGUAUGGAAAGACCCUUCGACAGCACCAUGGAUGGGUUGUGCGAGGGGUGUUUGCUCUGGCCCUGAGAGCUGCCCCGAGUUAUCCAGGUUUCGCCGCUGCCUUAGUGUCGAGAGAGGGCGACGAGCUGAAGAGCAGCUUCACCAGUGGCGUGCGCAGGGACCUGGGUGUGUACCUGCCGGCCAUGCAGAAGCAGCUGGGCCUCCUGGAUGCCCUGUAUGAAGAAUACAACCUGGAGUCGGACGAGGUCGUGUGAAGCCGGGACGGAUCCUGACCGAACCAAGGGGCAGAGUAGUGUUUUAACUGCCGAAGGAAGGAAGGUGCCAAGUGUAUCUUGUGUACAAAAUAAUGUGAGCAUGUCCCGUGUGUCAGUGUGAGGGGUCUCCUGUGGUUCUUGAGCUCUACGACAGCAUAGCGGCAAGAAUUGACGAUGGUAUUAAUGUUUGUAGGAGUCCACAAGGGAAAAAGCAUUGGCUUGACAAAAUGUAGAUUCCAGGUCUUGUUCAAAAGACCGUUGAAGGGACGUAUGGCCUCGUUAUGCAGACUCCAACCAUAAUUAUUCAUGGUGACAUUUGUUUCUGGUGCACAUUGUCGAUGUAUCGUGGCUGGUUUUGUACUGUACCAUGUUUUAAGGUACAUCACUACAAUGUAUUUGGUACUGAACUGAUGAGAAUGCAAAGAUAUUCUUAGCCAAGAUUGUUUCCCCUGAUUCAUGAAACAAGGUGACACUCGCUAAAAUCACAAAGCACCAUUUUGAAAGAAACCAUGUCAGAUUGUUACAAUGCCCUUAUUUGCCUUAUGUAUGUGAUGAACUCACAUACUAGGCUAACUUUUAGUGUAUUGUGUACUUUCCCUGCACUGACCGUUGAUGUUAAGUGGAGAUUAUAAUCCAAGUUUAUUUAGUUUCUUUCCCACUAUUUUAACUUAAAUCCUCACAUUUAGUAACGUAUACUUACAUUUGCUUCAGAGACUUUCCAUGGGACCAAUAAGGAGCUGUCAUGUGAA